AUGGCUGACAAACAAAACACGGGGAGAAAAUUUCAAGAGAAAAUGAAGGACAAACGCUGCGCGAAGAAAGCAACAAAGACAACGAAAGGCAAAGGUCAAGAAGGCGAGAAGGAGGAGUUGAUAGUUCAACGAUUAAGCGCUGAAGUUCAUGGCAAAGCCCAAAAAUAUAGUCGAGUUGGCCCGCGCGAAUUUGUCGAAUUUAGCGAUAUGGAGAUGACGGUGGAAAACAUUAAAAGAGCAUGUACGGCGUACUACAGGAAAAGUGUGGGACCAGGGAUGGUGUGUGAUAUAUUGGCCGGUGAUCAAGGCCCUUCAUGUAAAACCAUCAAACAAAUCCCGAACUUGAAACUCAUACAUGUUCGUUUCAUACCUGAGAUUGAUGGCGACCUCGAGGCGAUCGAGGAAAUUAAAGCUGAAGCCAGUCAAAGUUGUCCUGAAACGAGUAAUCAGAGUGUGAAUGACUUUGGCCAGAGUGUGAAGGUUCCCAGAAGCUUUGCCUUUGGUUCGCCACCGAGGAUGAAUAAAAAACCCAAGCUCGUGCCUAAAAGUUUGUCGGUAUCAACCAUACUACAAUUGG